AUGAGCAGUCAACUCCCUGAAGACAUGAUCGAUGAAUCAUUGGAAAACUGCUGGACUACUGCACAUUCCAAAUGGACAUUCCUUAAACUCGUACUGACCAAUCGGCGUUACAAAAGAAGAAUAUUUUGGGCUGCUUGCUUCAACAGAACUAUCACGUUAGCCUCGGAAACUGGACGGAGCAUUGACGACGACACGGCACGAAAACGGAAAAAACGAGUAUGGAAAGAAAACAUAGUAAGACUCGGAAGUUGGAACAAUACAUCAUGGAGCAACAAAGACUAUGAGGUGGUCGUAGAAAUAGAGAAAAACAAAAUAGAUUUCUGCGCAUUUUCAGAGACCAAGAAGAAAGGCAAUGGCAGUCAAAGGUACCAAAACUACAUACUGCUUUAUAGUGGAGUCGACAAGAACUUGCGAGCACGGGGAGGAGUAGGGUUACUAGUGAAUAAAAAAUUUGAAAAAGAUAUUAAGGAAGUACAGUAUAUAAGUCAUAGCAUCAUACAGAUAACAGUAGAGCUGGCCGACGAAUGUACACACCUACUAAGUAUAUAUGCACCUGAUGUAAGCAAACCGAAAGAAGAAAGGGAAGCUUUUUUUGAUGCCUUGCAAGCUAUACCCAGUAUAGACAAAGUGUUUAUUAUGGGCGACUUCAACUCAAGAAUUGGGAACACAGUUAUCCCAGGAAUCAUGCAUAGUUUCAACGAAGGAGCAGUGAAUGAUAACGGAGAUAUAUUGAUAGAUGUAUGCGCCCUCAACGAAUUACGUAUCAACAACACAUAUUUUGAUCAUAAGGAACAACAAGAGUACACAUUCGCUAACAGGAAAAGCCAAAAAUCAACUAUUGACUUCAUAAUUACAAACAGGAAAGUCCACCCCUCCCAGAUACUUGACGUACGGGUAUUAACAUCGGCACCCAACACGGUUUAG